ACAAGUCUCAUUCGCCAUCUUCAGCGACGACAUUCCAAUCAUCCUAAUGCAGCUACACCGGCCAAUCUCAGUAGCUCUGCUCGAGCGCGCCUGGGUCAACCCAGAGAUUCCGUAUCCACCGCCAAAUAGCCCGCCAAUUUCCGGCUUGCCUGUCUACCGUGGCUAUGGCUGCCCGCACUGUGAUUGCACUUAUUUUGAUAUGAAGGGGGAUGCUGAAGCAUCGGUCCAAAACCCAUCGAGACCAAGAUAGCUUCCGGAAUCGCGGCCGGCAAUCGGUUGUUCAAACCCAGACCCGACUUCGAAACCGUCUAGCCGACCGAGUAGUAAGCUGCCAUAUGUCGCAAUCUAGACUGCAAUUGGCUGGCUGUCUGUGCGAGGCCCAAUAUCAACUUUCAGCUCUGUACCUGGUCGUGACAAGAAACAAAUGAGACCAGGAUCGAAUCAUUUUUAAUAACCCGUUGACAAUCGCUCGGGUUGUCUGAAGUCUUUCUAUAGAUCCACCUGAUCUCUGUUGAUAGCAGGAAGAUAAAGAUGACAGUCAUGCUUCCAACAGGCUGAUCGGAGUGCAUGUGAAGUUGUGUCAUUACAAACACGCUAAGUUUUCAGGCCUGGGGGGCGGCAACCCAUGUGGCACACCAAUACUACCAGGCAUUCACAACUGUGGUAUGCAGAUUGGCUGCAGCGCGAGUC